UGGCACCGCUUAUAUCGAACGUCUCGCUCUUUUCUUCAUCAUUCGUAGGUAAAUCGGGGCUAUUAUUCACUACUACUAUCACCAUGGGAGACAAAACCUCAGCCAAGUUCUCGUCCUUGGGCGCCAUCAUCCAGGAAUUCAAUGUGGACGGACAGAACAUCGUGCAAGGGUUCUCCACGAAAGAGCUCUACGAGAAACACAACUCGCCCUGGUUCGGCGCGAACAUUGGACGGGUCGCCAACCGGAUCAAGGAUGGCAUCAUUCGCAACCUCAAUGGCCGGGAGUACCAGCUUGAGAAGAAUGACCCGCCCAAUGCGCUGCACGGGGGAAGUCAGGGAUGGGGCCGCCGCGAGUUCGAAGGCCCGACGGUGUUGAGCCGCAAUGGCCAGAAUACGCUGCUGUACACGUAUCUGAGCCCCCAUGAUGAAGCAGGGUACCCGGGGACGGUGGAGUUGAGGGUCUUUUAUACCACGAGUGAGGAAGUGGAGAAUGGCAGCACCAAGUCCGUGCUGCACAUCGAGUAUGAGGCUGAACUGGUGGGCGAUGAGUGCGAGGAGACGGUCAUCAACUUGACCAACCAUAGCUAUUUCAACAUUGGCGGCGGCGCCACCACCGAAGGCACCAUCGCCAAACUCGCUACCCAAGAUUACCUCCCCCUUGAGAGCGGCAUUCCCCUGGGCCCCGUCGAGCCGUAUCCCAGCGACGUCACCAAGGACUUUACCUUUGGCCCGCACAACCAAUUCGACGACGUCUUCAUCAUGGAGCGCGAGAUCGCCCGGGUACCGCUGGAUACGCGCGGCGAGCCCCUCCAACUCCUAGCGGAGUUCCAGCACCCGGACACGCUCCUGCAUCUGCAGGUACACAGCACGGAGCCGGCGUUCCAAUUUUACACGGGACAGGGCAUCGACGUGCCUGAGACGGACGGGCACCCGAGCCGGGGCCCAUUUGCGGGUUUCUGCAUCGAGCCCAGUCGAUUUGUCAAUGCGAUCAACGAGCCGGCGUGGCGGCACACGGUGGUGCUGAAGAAGGGGGCCAAAUACGGCAGCACAAUUGUGUAUAAAGCCUGGAGGGAGUGAAGUG